GUUUAUUCUGGCGACCACGGUCCUGAUCGCGCUGUGCUGGCUGUGAUUGGCCGGAGCCGGAGAAGCACGUAACAGUCUCCUCUCACCUCCUAGCUGCAUCCUUGAACCGGGAGAGGACACUGCCGGCACAGUGGUGUGCCAGGCCCAUGGGGACAGGAAGCUCGCCUCACUGAUGUGGCAGUAAAGGGGGUGUGUGACUGGCCCCUAGGGGCCCCCAAUCUGUCACAGGAUGCGGCUACUCAGGGCCCUGAUGAGACAGGCUACCGUACCCGGGCUUGUGGAUUACUAUUCCAAGUUCUCCCCGUCCCCCCUCUCCAUGAAGCAGUUCCUGGAUUUCGGAUCUGUCAAUGCUUGUGAAAAGAUAUCAUUUAAAUUUUUACGGCAAGAAUUACCUGUGCGAUUAGCGAAUAUAAUGAAAGAAAUAAAUUUGCUGCCGGACAACCUCCUAAAGAUGCCUUCCAUUAAGCUGGUGCAGAGCUGGUAUGUUCAGAGCUUCCAGGAGAUAGUCGAUUUUAAAGACACAAACGCAGAGGACCCAGGAACAGUCAGACGUUUUGCAGAAACCGUGACCACCAUCAGGAAUCGGCACAAUGAUGUCAUCCCAACCAUGGCUCAGGGCGUGGUGGAGUAUAAGGACAGCUUUGGCGUUGAUCCAGUGACAUCUCAGAACGUGCAGUAUUUCUUGGAUCGCUUCUAUAUGAGUCGCAUAUCAAUAAGAAUGCUGCUUAAUCAGCAUACUUUGCUGUUUGGUGGAGAAGUGAAGGUGAAUCCUGCUCACCCGAAGCACAUUGGCAGUAUAGACCCAUCAUGCAAUGUGAUUGACGUUGUAAGAGAUGGAUAUGAGAAUGCAAAACAGCUGUGUGACUUAUAUUAUAUGAGCUCUCCAGAAUUGGAACUGGUGGAGUUCAACGCUAAGAACCCAGGGCAACAAAUCCAGGUGGUUUAUGUGCCUUCCCAUCUGUACCACAUGGUAUUUGAGCUUUUUAAGAACUCAAUGCGUGCGACCAUGGAAUUCCACGCCGACACAGGGGUCUACCCUCCAGUCAAAGUGCAGGUGGCCCUGGGGAGUGAAGACUUAACUGUUAAGCUCAGUGAUCGUGGUGGUGGCGUCCCUCUGCGGAAAAUUGAUAGACUGUUUAACUACAUGUAUUCUACCGCUCCGCCACCUAGGAUGGAGACAUCUCGUGCAACACCAUUGGCUGGGUUCGGCUAUGGCCUGCCUAUAUCAAGACUCUAUGCCCAGUACUUUCAAGGAGAUUUGAAAUUAUAUUCUUUAGAGGGAUAUGGAACCGAUGCAGUAAUAUAUAUUAAGGCAUUAUCCACAGAGUCCAUAGAGAGGCUCCCGGUGUAUAAUAAGUCAGCGUGGAAGCAUUAUAAAGCCAACCACAAGGCAGAUGACUGGUGUGUGCCGAGCAGUGAACCGAAAGACAUGACCACGUUCCGCAGCAACUGAUCACCCACAUUGUCACUACAACGCUAGCACUCAGCUUGUUAUCUUGUCCUGUUGCAUCUUUUCUAGAACUCAGUGGAUAUACAUAUAUAUAAUAUUGCGCACUCUGCAAUAAAAUGUAUUUUUUAAAACUGUAGAUUCUUGUUUACCCCAAAGGAACACAGUAGUUUGCAAAAUGCGUAGGGUAGUAAUCUACAAAACCAGAUGAGUAGAAAUGUAAAAAUCUAUUUUUCUUUCACAAUCCUGACGUAUGUUAGCCUAAUUUGUAUGCAUACACCCUUGUGUGAACACCUUGGUCAUAACCUACGAGCUAAUUUUGAUGGCAGCAACUUCAAAUAAUGGCGACAUUAGAACCAACACAAUCCGUUCUACGUGACUCUUCAACUCCCUGACGCUAUUUGUGGUAUCUUCGCACGUCACAAGUUGGGUUUUCUGCAGAUUUCUUUCCAUACCUGUUGCGCCAGGCAGUGAUUUUCAUAGAUGGCGUCCUUUUCUUUAUUGAUCAUUGCUUUAUUAGUUUAUAUUUGUUUGUGGGGGUUUUUUUUUCUUUCUUGUUACUGCGUUUCUAAAAGGAAAGCUUAAGCUAUAUAACGACAGGGCAUAUGGCCGGCGGGACGGCUGAUAUAACAAUACAGAAGGUCGCCUGUACACACAGAAUGAUAUAGCGCAAUAUAUCAUUCAUACGCCUGAUUCAGUUGCAUGCUGUAGGCCGCCAGGUCGUCCUAUCUGACGGGCAGAACAGCAGAUGGGACGACCCCGACGUCGGGCACACAAUCAUGGGUACACAUCAGACGAUGUGUACGAAAUGUCGCUCCAAUCCGCAGGAUCGGAUAACAUAUCGUCUGAUGUGUACCCAGCCUAAAGGCCCAUACACACUGGUCGAUGUAUCGGCCGUUCUCCUGAACGGCCGAUACAUCGCGGGACCGUCGGCCAGUGUGUACGGGCGAUACGUCUGUGAACUCCGUCGUUCACAGACGUAUCGCGUUGGCCGCGCAGCACAGCCGACAGCCAAUAUAUCUAACGAUAUAUUGGCGCGUCGCUGUGUGUGUACGGGGCGGUCGUCCGACCGCCCGUACACAUGCUGCGACGGCCGGCGGUGAUUGACAGGUGAACAGGGCGAGCGCCCGCCCGCCCAGUUCAUGACGUCAGUCCCCCGACGGAUCGGGCUGUGUGUAUGCACAGCACACUGCCCGAUCCGUACAUAGAUAUCAAUUGAUCUGCAGAUAUAUCUAAUAGUGUGUACCCACCUUAAGACAACACAGAUUUUUAUUUAACUGUUGUGUAUUAGUUUUUGUUUUGUUUUUGAUUUUUACUUUGCAUUCUUUGCACAGUGACUUUGCAUGUAAAAUAUAUUUUUGUUGUGCCUUUUUAAUAAUUGAAUCUUAAAGAAUGAUUGUAAAUCAAAA